AUGGCAAUGACAACCUCUGUUUCAGGCCAAGUUCCUGUGAAAGUCUUACACCGGGAUGGCUCAAUCAGCAACUCCCUUAUCGUGGAUCAAGCACUGUCUGACUGGCCCCCUUUGAAAGCUCCAGAGGGAUGUGUACCUCCCAAUACUCACAUAUGGAGGGGUUUACAUGCAGACUGGGGAUUUGCAGCUGUGUUUGAAGAUACUGAAGAGUUAGCAGAGCAUUCAGACGACUCAAAGGAACGUUCAGAUGACGUGUCUGAAGAUUCAGACCAGGAUGACCACUAUUUUGGAUUGAAAUUUGGUGACAUCCAGAAACUGCAAGAGUUGGUGAAGUCCAUGCUAUUCACCAUUAACCACGAGGAAGAAACAAUCCACUCCGACCAGAGUAUCUAUUUAUCAGAUUCAUUUUACGUCAUAAUCAACCUGAGUUUGAGUAAGGAGGGCUGGCAGGUUGGUAAUGGAAAUCAUGUUUUUGAGCGUACAGGGACAGAGCCUUUUAUGGCGGUGGAAGUGCAAAAUGCACAGCCUGGUGACUGGAUUCAACACACUGCCCAUCAUAACCUGGAGUUAUUCUAUUACGUAUUGCUGGCCAUGUGUGUCUUGAUGGUAAAGCCAUAUGAGAUGAAAGAUGCAGAUGCUAAAGAAAAGGACAAUAUGAAGAAAUGGCUAAAUCCUGAGUUCACUUCAAUGUUUACCCACUCUGACACUGCUUUUCACAAGUAUCAGACCUUUGGCAGAGUCAAUGGUCUCAGCUUGUUUCUUGAAAAUAAUGUAUCUGAAUACUUCACCUUUAUGAUCCCUUACUUCAAGCGCCUCUGCAAGGUUUUGUUUGGGUCCACAUUGUUCCUCUCAAAGAAAUUUGUAGAGGCAGGUCCGCCACCAUUCUUUGUACUGUUGCAUGCCUCCCAUGACAAUGUUCUUGAUAUCCUUGGGGAAGCUUUAGAGGAAAUUCAAGGUGGAAAGACCUGA